AUGGAUAUGUUCAGUUUGAACAACUCCUUAAGUGACAGACCUGAGGCACCCAACCAAUACACGACUCAACUGUCAAUGUCUUUGCUGCUGCACGAAGACAAGCUGCAUUCAUCAAAUGCACCUGUCAUGCCGACAGGGUCUGCUACGAUAUUCCCGCAUCAGCAAUCCCUGUCAACAUUUACCGACGCUUCAACGUUGACCCAUUCCCGUGAUGAAACGCUACAUGCGAUCCUUUCUGAUAUGCUCAAGCUCGAUGCAUUCAAUCUAAACACUUUUUUAUUAUCGCUACUUCGCCGAGUUGACAAAUCAUUACCUUUGGACGAAUUUUAUAACGUGCUUUACAACCCAAAAUCUGACAAUGACGCCAUUCAAUCUGCGAUAGAUAAAAUUGAUAAAACUUCAACUAAUGACGAUCUGGAGAGUGGCAUGGAGAUCAUUCAACGUGUGCUUGAAGUCUUUCGAUUUCCGGAGACUUUGUACAACCAAUAUCCGUCCUUGGACGGGUCAGACCUAAAAGCAUCUAAUGUGAAUCUCCACGAGCUUCUUCGAUCCCUAUUGGCUAUCAAGAUUUUGCGUCAUUCCUUAAUCGAAACGGAGGAUGGAGACAGACAUUCUGAGCGUUCACCCAUCCCGAGACUUGAUAUCUACAAGGUGUACUACAUACUCUGCCAGAAGCUCAUACUUAAGUACCCGUCAUCAUCAAAUACAACAAGCCUACAACAAAAACUCAUAUUUGGGCAAUCAAAAUUGGGAAAGCUUAUCAAGCUAGUGUACCCUAAUCUUGUCUCAAAAAGAUUGGGCCGUCGCGGCGAAUCACGAUACAACUAUUUGGGUAUUCGUUGGAAUGACAACGUUGUGAGCGAUGAGAUAAAAGCUUUGUUCAGAAAUGACUUACCUGAGCUUACAGACAUAUUCAAAGUUCUGAAGAAGACGGCAGGAGCUUCCCACAGCAAGUCCACGCUUCGCCGUCAACAGUCAUCUUAUCGACCCUCCCAGAACAAAAGAAACAGAAGCAUUAGUCAAACAGAAAUGAUAAACAGAAUCAAAGCUCAAGGAACAUUUGUGGAGCCAACUCAUUUCUUCCCCGAAGGGCCCUUUACUCUGAAAGCUUUUCUUGAUGAACAUUUAAAUGAUAAUAUCGAAAGAAAUUGGUUUGCUGCAGCCCUUAAACAUUCUUCGGAUGCAUUGGAAGAAUCUGGAGUCUCACCCGAUGAAAUGAACAGGCUCCUUUUUGGUGAAGAUGAGCCUUCAACGGAGGAGGAUGACAUCUUACUUCGAGGAGUAAUAGACGUUGUCUUACCCAAGCUAUCAGCAUCUCCAAAUCAGCCCAAGAUAUUUCUUCAUCUAUUCAUGGUGAUAUCGCUCAAAGUGUUCCCUCACCUCCUACUGUUGCGAAAGCCACUUCACACUGACAAUAUCAAAAGGCUUACCAGCAAAGUAUCACAUCUCAUCAAGCGAAUCGAAGGAGAGAUGAGCCCACUGGUGAGUCAAAAGAUGCAACAACAUGAUAUAAGAAACUUUUUGGGGAUCCUUUCCAGAAUGAUUCACUUAAACCAAUUGUUAGCCGCUUUUUUCAAAGCUGAUCUUCAAGACUACAUCUUGAAGGAAAUGCAAGAGGAUGUCACACGUGUGGCUACCGAGGGCCUGAAGGAUGGCUUGAAUGAGACUUACAGGUUGAUCUCGGAAGCUUGCAUCAGCGUGCUUCUUGCUAGUCGAUACAGACCACAGUUUCGAGGCGUUCCAGUGAAGAGCAAUGUGAGACAGAACCGUCUUGACAGAAAGAUCAAUGAGAUGCUACAUGAAGCAGCUGAACAAACAGACCCAAGCAAAAUCACAGAUAUUGAUGAAGCAAAAAGCUUUGUCAAUCGUUUUCUCUUAAGGCAGAAAGAAAAGUCGGAGCAGAUAUCGUCGUUGAUCGACAAGCAUAAAAGAUUCCAACAGGAUGCAGCUCAACAGAAACAAGUGAUACUCGGAGACCACGAGAAACUAUUACCCAAAAAAAUCUCAGGGUUGAGCAAGCUAAGUCUGCUCAAUUCCCUGGAGAAGAGCAGGCUUGACGAGGAGCUCAAGAAGAGGCUUCAAAGCCAUUAUGAAAUGAUCGCUGACCGUCAACGCCAAUUGAGUCAAGAAUCUGAUGCUAUGCUUCACGAGCUUGGUGUGCCGUUCUUUGUUGAGAGUAGUCAGUUUGAUCAUCUCAACGACAACGAGGUAACUAUGCUCAAGGCGAAAAUCUUGAAGCAUCUAAUGAAAACACUUCUGUGA